AGUUUUGAGCUUCUCAAAAGUCCAGAGCCACCAUCCUGGGCGCAGGUAGCCGCCGGGCUCCGGGAUCCUCUGGCGUCCGGCCUCGGAGCGUGCUUCCCAGGACGGUGACACGCUCCCCUGAGGUUCGGCACCCACACUCCCUUCCCAGGAGCUGCGAUGCAAGAGCCACAGUCAGAGCUCAAUAUCGACCCCCCUCUGAGCCAGGAGACAUUUUCAGAAUUGUGGAACCUGCUUCCUGAAAACAAUGUUCUGUCUUCGGAGCUGUGCCCAGCAGUGGAUGAGCUGCUGCUCCCAGAGAGCGUCGUGAACUGGCUAGACGAAGACUCAGAUGAUGCUCCCAGGAUGCCAGCCACUUCUGCCCCCACAGCCCCUGGACCGGCCCCCUCCUGGCCCCUAUCAUCCUCUGUCCCUUCCCCGAAGACCUACCCUGGCACCUAUGGGUUCCGUUUGGGGUUCCUGCAUUCCGGGACAGCCAAGUCUGUUACUUGGACGUACUCCCCUCUCCUCAACAAGUUGUUUUGCCAGCUGGCGAAGACCUGCCCCGUGCAGCUGUGGGUCAGCUCCCCACCCCCACCCAAUACCUGCGUCCGCGCUAUGGCCAUCUAUAAGAAGUCGGAGUUCGUGACCGAGGUUGUGCGGCGCUGCCCCCACCAUGAACGCUGCUCUGACAGUAGUGACGGUCUUGCCCCUCCUCAGCAUCUCAUCCGAGUGGAAGGAAAUUUGCGGGCCAAGUACCUGGACGACAGAAACACUUUUCGACACAGUGUGGUGGUGCCUUAUGAGCCACCCGAGGUUGGCUCUGACUAUACCACCAUCCACUACAACUACAUGUGUAACAGUUCCUGCAUGGGAGGCAUGAACCGGCGGCCCAUCCUCACUAUCAUCACCCUGGAAGACUCCAGUGGAAACGUGCUGGGACGCAACAGCUUUGAGGUACGCGUUUGUGCCUGUCCCGGGAGAGACCGCCGGACUGAGGAGGAGAAUUUCCACAAGAAGGGGGAGCCUUGUCCUGAGCCACCCCCCGGGAGUACCAAGCGAGCACUGCCUCCCAGCACCAGCUCCUCUCCCCCGCAAAAGAAGAAGCCACUAGAUGGAGAAUAUUUCACCCUUCAGAUCCGUGGGCGUGAACGCUAUGAGAUGUUCAGGAAUCUGAAUGAAGCCUUGGAGCUGAAGGAUGCCCAGAGUGGAAAGGAGCCAGGGGGAAGCAGGGCUCACUCCAGCCACCUGAAGGCAAAGAAGGGGCAAUCUACCUCUCGCCAUAAAAAACUGAUGUUCAAGAGAGAAGGGCCCGACUCAGACUGACUUCCCCUGCUUCCUGUCCUCCCCCAACACGCACACCCUCACUCUCGUCCUCCUUCCCUGGCAUUUUUGGAAUUGGGAGCUUGAGCACACCUAUUCCGGUGUGUUACUUUGCAUGGUACAGAUGUGCCUCAGAAACACCCUAGAUUCUUCCAUUUGCCUUUCCCGUAAGUCUCUACUAAAGAAGUUGGCCUGCACAGUUGGUAGGUCGGGAGAUAAAGGACGUUCCAGCCUGGUUUUUAAGUUUUUUACUGUGUAGAACCAUGGGAGAGGUAGGAAAAUGUUCCUGAAUGUUGGGAGCAUUUUAUAGCCCCUAAGACACUGAGUCAUGAGCCCAGUUCUCUAUCAUUGUAGCCAGUGGCUGAAUUUUUCCUAAUUUCACAGGCCAUUUUUAUGAAUUGCUAAUUAACCAUACCUACCUCACUGAGCUUGUGAGGAUGAAUGAAAUAAUGUCUGUCUGACCCCAAAACCACCUUUUAUCCCAUGUCUGUGACUUAGUGCCUGUGUGGGUGCUCAUUCCCUGCCCUGGCCAAAUCCUGUCCAGCCUUUUUGGGAGACCCCUGCACCUAAGAUGAAAUCUCACUCCCAUCUCACACCCUGCAGAAUCCCAUCCCUGGUGUAGGAUCUUUGUCUACCAAGGGCUUUUACUGCUUCCCCCCCCCCCCCGCCCCCAAUUGCUCAGGAUCAAUUUCUUUUGCACUCUGUGAGGCACAUCUGCAUUCAUGCAUUGAUCACCCCCACCCCUCCUCCUCUUCCCUUUUUAUAUCCCGUUUUUAUAUCAAUCUCUUAUUUUACAAUAAAACUUUACUACC